UUUUCUUUUCUAAUCUGUGAAAACUGCAUUCUUUGAGUAUUCUUUUUUUUUUAAAAACCGACUUUGUCUCCACUUUUGCUUCUCUUUUAAUCCAAUCACGUUUCUUUGCCUUCCAUCUCUAAAACGUUUGUGUUUGUUUCUCUCUCUCUUGCUAGGCUGUUAGGCGCUUCAUUUCAUUGUUAUUGAGUGAGUUUCGGAGUUUGGUUGAGAGUGUUUCAAGUUGUGGACUUUGUAUUUAUUGUUUGGUUUGGUCAUUUCCAUACAGGCAAUAAAUUUUUGGAUAUCCUUCAGAUAGUGAUUUUACUACCCUUUUCAAGAGGAUAAAUGGGUCUUAACCCCCAGUCUGUGAGGCAAAUGUGGGAAGACUAGAAGAGAAAGAAAGUAUAUUUCUGCCAUUUGUUGAACCUUCACUGUUUUGAAAACAAGCGUCUGUGCUUUGAGUUGUAAGUUUCAGAGAUCAAGGAGCAAAAAGGAGAAGGAGAAAAGGGGAAAAAAUAAAAGUCAGCAAUGCCUAUAAGGCAAAUGAAAGAGAGCUCAGAGCAGCACUUAGUGAUAAAAACCCACUUGCAGAAUACUAUGAACCAACCUCAAAAACACCACAAAACUGCUCAAAAUGGUAAGGGACCUCCAUCUCAGGAAACCCACAACAGUAAACCCCAAAACCUGACUUCACCUCCAAUAAAAAACCGAGGAAGAAGAAGAGGAAGGGGUGGUAGAAAGUCUGAUCAAGGAGAUGUCUGUAUGAGACCCAGUUCAAGGCCUUGUACUGUGGUACACAAGCCUGUGAAUCCAGCUGGUGAGCUCUUGGCAGGUUCUCCGAGUGGGUCAAAUGGAAAUUCUUGUGGAAUGGAGAUGGGUUUGGGGUUCCCCAGUUCUAGCAAGUCAAUUAAUUUUGCUCCUAGGCCUGGUUACGGUCAACUUGGGACAAGAUGUAUUGUUAAGGCCAAUCACUUCUUUGCAGAGUUACCAGACAAGGACUUGAACCAGUAUGAUGUUACAAUAACUCCUGAAGUGGCAUCAAGAACUACAAACAGAGAUAUCAUGGCAGAGCUCGUGAGACUUUACAAAGAAUCUGAUUUAGGAAUGAGAUUACCUGCUUAUGAUGGCAGAAAGAGUCUGUAUACAGCUGGUGAGCUUCCCUUUGCUUGGAAGGAGUUCACGAUCAAGCUUAUUGAUGAAGAUGACGGAAUCAAUGGUCCCAAGAGAGAAAGAGAGUACAAAGUGGUGAUCAAGUUUGUUGCAAGGGCUAACAUGUAUCAUUUGGGUCAAUUUUUGGCUGGUAAACGUGCUGAUGCUCCACAGGAAGCUUUACAAAUUCUUGACAUUGUACUGAGGGAGCUCUCAUCAAAGAGAUCCUUUUUUCACCUGGUUAUUAUUGAGCAGCGCCUUGCGUGCUUGGUGAUGCUUGGAGUCCUGGUGUGGGUUGUUACAGCAGUAUUAAGGUCACAUGGGCCUGGUCUUGACUUGUUUUUUUUUUUUUUUUUGAAUAUAGAUAUGGCUUCGGCUGCAUUCAUUGAACCUCUCCCUGUAAUUGAGUUUGUUGCCCAGCUUCUGGGCAAAGAUGCAUUGUCAAGGCCACUGUCUGAUGCUGAUAGAAUCAAGAUUAAAAAGGCCCUUAGAGGUGUCAAAGUUGAAGUGACUCACAGAGGAAAUUUACGGAGGAAGUAUCGCGUCUCAGGAUUGACAUCUCAGCCUACAAGAGAACUCGUAUUUCCAGUUGAUGAUAACUCGACUAUGAAGUCGGUGGUAGAGUACUUCCAAGAAAUGUAUGGCUUCACCAUUCAACAUACGCAUCUACCUUGCCUUCAAGUAGGAAACCAGAAGAAGGCGAACUAUCUACCAAUGGAGGCUUGCAAAAUUGUCGAGGGGCAGAGAUAUACAAAAAGGUUGAAUGAGAGGCAAAUUACUGCCCUUUUGAAAGUUACAUGCCAAAGACCUAGGGAUAGGGAAAAUGACAUUUUGCAGACAGUUCAGCAUAAUGCUUAUGAUCAAGACCCUUAUGCAAAGGAGUUCGGGAUCAAAAUCAGUGAAAAGCUAGCUUCCGUUGAGGCUCGAAUUCUUCCUGCUCCUUGGCUGAAGUAUCAUGAAACUGGCAAGGAGAAGGACUGUUUGCCACAGGUUGGCCAGUGGAACAUGAUGAAUAAGAAAAUGAUCAAUGGAAUGACUGUAAACCGAUGGGCAUGCAUUAACUUUUCAAGGAGUGUUCAAGAGAGUGUUGCCCGUGGGUUUUGCAAUGAACUUGCUCAGAUGUGCCAAGUCUCUGGCAUGGAGUUCAAUCCAGAGCCUGUUAUUCCCAUCUAUAAUGCGAGGCCUGAGCAAGUGGAGAAAGCUCUGAAACAUGUUUAUCAUGCUUCCAUGAACAAAACCAAAGGAAAAGAGCUGGAGCUUCUAUUAGCUAUUCUACCUGACAACAAUGGUUCCCUAUAUGGUGAUCUCAAGCGAAUAUGUGAAACUGAUCUUGGUUUAAUAUCACAGUGCUGUCUUACAAAACAUGUCUUCAAGAUAAGCAAGCAGUAUUUGGCAAAUGUUUCCCUAAAGAUUAAUGUUAAGAUGGGUGGUAGAAACACUGUCCUUCUAGAUGCCAUCAGCUGCAGAAUUCCAUUAGUCAGUGACAUACCGACCAUUAUAUUUGGUGCAGAUGUGACUCACCCAGAGAAUGGGGAGGACUCGAGCCCCUCAAUUGCUGCUGUAGUUGCUUCUCAGGACUGGCCUGAAGUGACAAAAUAUGCUGGACUAGUUUGUGCUCAAGCUCACAGACAAGAACUCAUACAAGACUUGUAUAAAACAUGGCAGGAUCCUGUUCGUGGAACAGUAAGCGGUGGCAUGAUCAGGGAUCUUCUGGUUUCUUUUAGGAAAGCAACAGGACAAAAGCCAUUAAGGAUUAUAUUUUACAGGGAUGGUGUUAGUGAAGGGCAAUUUUAUCAAGUUCUGCUUUAUGAAUUAGAUGCAAUCCGGAAGGCUUGUGCUUCUCUAGAACCAAAUUAUCAACCACCCGUGACUUUCAUUGUUGUACAAAAACGACACCAUACUCGAUUAUUUGCUAACAACCAUAGGGAUAGGAGUAGCACAGACAAGAGUGGAAAUAUAUUACCUGGCACUGUGGUUGAUUCUAAAAUUUGUCAUCCAACAGAAUUUGAUUUUUAUCUCUGUAGCCAUGCUGGUAUUCAGGGGACAAGUCGGCCUGCUCACUACCAUGUCCUAUGGGACGAGAACAACUUCACUGCUGAUGGAAUACAGUCUCUGACAAACAAUCUCUGUUACACAUAUGCAAGGUGCACUCGCUCUGUUUCUGUUGUUCCUCCGGCGUAUUAUGCACAUUUAGCUGCUUUUCGAGCCCGAUUUUACAUGGAACCAGAAAUGCAGGAAAAUGGCUCUACAGGUCAUGGUAGCAAGGGAACACGAGAAUCUGGAGUCCGGCCAUUGCCAGCUUUGAAAGAAAAUGUGAAGAGAGUAAUGUUUUAUUGUUAAAGACAAUGGAGGGGAGGGUGGUGGUAGUAGCAAAAGCAGAAAAAAAGAAAAGAAAAAUUUCCCUUGUAUAUGUAAGAUGAUAGGAGCAGGAUUGCCAGAUCUUCCUUCCAUUUUAGGUCAGUUAUUAGGAGCCCUCCAAAAAUCAUGGGAGAAACAUCCAAAUAUAGGUGAUAGACUGAUAGUUGUAGUCCUCUCAGUAACCAUUCAUCUCGGAAGAAUGUGAAAGUAGGCCUUUGUAAAGAAAUGUUUAUUUCUGAUCAAUCUUAUAAUAUAUGUAGGAAAUUUUGCCUCA